AUGUUCAGGGGCGCUUGGAUGUGGCCCGGGAAAGACGCCGCCGCGCUGACUAUCUGCUGCUGCUGCUGCUGCUGGGCUCCCAGGCCAAGCGACAAACCUUGCGCCGACUCCGAGCGGGCGCAGCGAUGGCGACUGUCCCUGGCGUCCCUGCUCUUCUUCACCGUGCUGCUCGCUGACCAUCUGUGGCUGUGCGCGGGGGCCCGGCCCCGGGCCAGGGAGCUGAGCAGCGCCAUGCGGCCGCCCUGGGGGGCCGGCCGCGAGCGGCAGUCGGUGCCUCCUCGCGCGGUGCUGCCGUUGCCGCCGCCGUCGCCCGGCGAGGCCAGCGCGUCCCCGGGCACCUGCGGCCCCCGAUACAGCAACCUGACCAAAGCCGCCCCCGCCGCCGGCCCCGGGCCGGUCUGCGGCGGCGUCCCAGAGCCCACGGGACUGGACGCAGCUUGCACCAAAUUGGAAUCUUUGCAGAGACUUUUCGAACCGACGACCCCGGCCCCCCCUCUGCGGCCCCCUGACGCCCCUUCCCGUACCCAGGCCGAGUUCCCCUCCGCCAAAAAAAACUUGCUCAAAGGCCACUUUCGGAACUUCACUCUCUCCUUUUGCGACACCUACACGGUUUGGGACUUGCUGCUGGGCAUGGACCGUCCCGACAGCCUGGACUGCAGUCUGGACACCCUGCUGGGGGACCUGCUGGCCGUGGUGGCCAGCCCUGGCUCUGGGGCCUGGGAGGCAUGUCGCAACUGUAUCGAGGCGUACCAGCGGCUGGACCGACAUGCUCAGGAAAAAUAUGACGAGUUCGACCUCGUGCUGCAUAAAUACUUACAGGCGGAAGAGUACUCAAUCCGGUCGUGCACGAAAGGCUGUAAGGCUGUGUACAAGGCCUGGCUGUGCUCAGAAUACUUCAGCGUGACCCAGCAGGAAUGCCAGCGCUGGGUGCCCUGCAAGCAAUACUGCCUGGAGGUGCAGACCCGGUGCCCUUUUAUCCUCCCCGACAAUGAAGAAAUGGUGUACGGAGGGCUCCCUGGAUUUAUCUGUACAGGGUUGCUGGAUACUUCACCAAAGCGGCCGGAAACCAAGUGCUGUGACGUGCAGUGGGUCUCCUGUGAGUCGGAAAAGAAGAAGUUCAAGGAGACUGAGGCCCCCAACACCCACCACCAGCAAUUCCAUCACUCCUAUUUCCACCACUACCACCCACAGUACCACCACUACCACCCCCGCCAUGACCCCCCAGGCCGCGUCAGCCACAAGCCCUCCCUGCUGACGGUCUCUGGGGGCUCGCGCCUCAGCCCCAGUAGGAUCCGGCUCUGUGUCCUCGUGCUCAUGCUCCUCCAUACCGUGGUGUCCUUCUCCAGCAACCAGGGUGGUGGUGGGGGACUGGGGCUGGAGACACUGCCUGCCCUGGAGGAGGGCCUCCCACGGGAAGAGUGACAGCAUGGAGGGAGGACAGAUCUCCACCACCCACUGGCAUCAGCUGCAGCCCCCCCCAGGAGGGGGGGAGAGGGGGCUCCUCCC